CCUCUACUGGCUCUAUCGUUGGCUGGUUAAGGGAGAAGAAAAUAUAGUGAAGAAGCAGAAACCCCUAAAAAAUGGCGAGCGCCGUAGGGGAGAAGACGGAGGAAGAGCUCCGCAAAGAACUCUUUGAACUGAAUCGUCAACAACGCGAGAUAACUGAGCGGCUUAAGGAUCCAAGAGGUCUUCGCCGCGGUGGAUUCUCCGGUGGCGGUGGUCCUCGGAGUUUUGUUGCCAACGGCGGCCGCCAACGUGGCCUUGUUAGACCUGCGGAGAGGAAUGAUGCAGAGGAUCAGCCAGCACCUAAAAGGCGUAUUUCUUCAGCUGUUGUGAAGAUUGAAGAGGGGGAGAUUGCUGACGAUGUCUCUGGAGCUCCAACGGAUGCAAAUAAGGAAGAUUCAGCUGUCGAGGAGGGAAGUUCACGGGAGGCACAUGUCAGACAGAAUGAGAGAAAGCCAUCCAAUUGGCUUCGGAGGGAUGGCAAUCAAAGACCCUCAAAAAUGGAUUCUGAUGUUCCUCCACCGGAACCUGUGCCGAGAGUGUUGCCAAAAAAUGAGGAUCCUAAAUUGGUUAGUAGGAAUAAGAGAAUGUUGGGACAGCUGCUGGGGACCUUGGAGAAGUUCCGAAAAGAGGACAUGCAGCUUUCAGGGAGCGAGGCUUACAUGCGGAGGUCAGAUUCUUUGAAAAGG